CCGGUAAAAUGAAAACAAACCACCUGCUGCCGUUUUUAGUUGUUUUGUGCAGUUUUUAUGGAAGUCAGAUGAUCAUUUGAUAAACUUUGGUUAUUUUAACAAUUGUUCCACGAUAUCUUUUACUAUUUAAAGCUUAAUCGUGUUAACAUUACGAACCAAACUAAAAGUCACGUGAUAAGACUGGGAAACAUGGCGGAAGGGGAGUGUUCCCACUGCUUGUCAAAUCACUCGAAUUGAUUAUUUUGGUCUUACGCUUUUCCUGACUUAAAAUACAAAGAUGCAUUUCUCAAUACCAGAGACCCAGGAACAACAGGAUGCUAAUGGCACGAGCUACACGACAUUCAACAUUCAUAUCAAUGGAAUGUUCCACUGUUCUGUUCGCUACAGCGUGCUCCACACAUUUCAUGAGCAAUUGAAGAAAGAAUUUGGCGCUAAUCAACUUCCACAUUUUCCACCUAAGAAACUGUUCCCACUGUCUCCGCUAAAACUAGAUGAAAGGCGGCUUCUACUUGAAAAAUUUGUACAGAUUGUAAGUCAAGAACCAAAGAUUGCCAACAGUGAUGUGUUUAAUGGAUUUCUUCUCAGUGCACAACAGGAAACUCAGAAGGAACCAUCGGAAGAUGUAGUACUAGAUGUGUAUUUGAUGAACGGUCAUAAGAUAACGGUCAAUAUCAAGUCAACUGACCAGACAGAUGAUGUUUUAGAGGCUGUGGCUUCCCAGAUAGAUCUACCAGAUGACUGUGUAUACUACUUUGGUCUUUUCCUCGUACAGAAGGAAGAAGCAGGGGAUAACUCUAUUGUCAGAAAAUUACAAGAAUUUGAAUCUCCGUUCAUUUCGUUGAAAUAUGCAAACAAGUCAGGAACACAUCGAAUAGUCUUCAGGAAAAGUUUUUGGGACUUGUCCUACGAAGAUGACCUUCUAGAAAACAAAAUUUCUAUGAACCUUCUUUAUGUGCAGGCAGUCAAUGACAUAGAGAGACAUUGGACUCUGGGAAAUAAGGAACAACUCAAGCAUUUAUCUUCUCUACAAAAUAAAGGGUCAAAAAGGGAGUACUUACGACUGGCGAGGACACUCAAGUACUACGGUCACCUACAGUUUAAGCCCUGUGUGACGGACUACCCUCUUCCAAACUCACGAGCUGUGGUAUCCGUCGGCAAUAGAGAAAUGAACUUCAGGAUACAGACAGCCCCUAAUGUGAUAAAAGAAGGAAACUUCCGCAUAACGCGAAUGAGGUGCUGGAGGAUCACCACUUGUCUUAAUGACAGUAAAGAGGAAAUUAGGAACCCAUCUAGUCCACGGUUGGAGCUCGCCUUCGAGUACCUCAUGGCUAAGGAUUCACUUAAAUGGAUAACCAUUACUAGUGACCAGGCUAUUUUGAUGAGUAUGUGUUUACAGUCAGUAGUGGAUGAAUUAAUUAGGAAGAAACAAGGGAAGAAAAUCAAAAGACCGCAGGACAGAAACAAGACGGUGUCAGCUGUCCGACCACUACAGAGAGGGGACAGUUAUGCUGGAGCUCUCAGUCGUCAGACUUCUCUCCCCAGCCCGAUAGAGGAGACGCCCAAGAGUAAUGGACAAAGUGUUAUAGAAAACAAUGCAUUUGACACAAUAGGGGACGACGAUUUAUGAAAGGCCUACCAAAUAAACUGACAAUGAUUUCCUGAGAAGAAAAAAUGCAGGUCAAAAGUUGAGCUGAGUUUCUGUAAAUAUAUGUUUGAAUUCAGAAACUGUAUAAUACAUAUAGAGCUUUUUUAUUUCAACUAAAACAGUGAACACAUUUUGUUUUUGCUUUCCUAAAUUCAGAAAAUGUCUGUUGCUAACCUUUAUGCUGAAUUGCACUUGGUAAAUACAUUGUAAAAGUAACUGCCCAGUUCAGGCAAAUAAAAGCGAUACAAAAUACGAUCAUGUUUUAUAAUACCCCUAUUAUUGUCAUGUUUCUUUCUGAUAAACAGGAUAUUGUAAUAAGAGGGCUUCACUGUACAGGAUUUCCUUGUGGUGUAAAGCAUUUUUAUAGUGAACUGGAUCACUAAUUUAUCAAAAGAAAUGGGACAAUUUCUAGCCAGGGGAAAUUAUAACAUCAUAAACAUUAUAAAAAUAAAAGUUAAUAAUAAUUUAUUGUGUUCAUAUUAGAAAUAUUUUACUCAUAGUUGUCAACACGCCCUCUUUAGGAGAGAGACUCCCUCAAAACUCCCUCCCUCAAGUCCAAACUCACACCAACUCAAAAUCUACAUCCUGUGGUCAAAUGAUCUCCUAGUUACUGCAGGGUGUGUGUA